GUCUAUUCACACGGCCUCACGCGGGGAGCCGCUUGGCGAAGCGUAAACGGAUAUUCGUCUCUUUCAUUUUUUAAAACAAAACUAAAACCGAAUUAGGCGAAGAAAACAUUUUUACAAAAAUUAUCUUAUUUUUUAACUCUUAGACCGGCUAGGAAAUUUAAGUAACCACACUAGUUUUUUUGUUUUGUUUUUUUUUUUUAAAUCAGAUAUUAUAGGCUAGAAAACUGUACUAUAGAGUUUAAGUUUAGUUAGAAAUUUUCUCUGCGGCUUCCCAAGAUGACGAUACCUCAAGAAGCACAGAAGAUCUUCCAGUGCUUAGUUGUGUGCACUUUCCUGGUUGAGCUUGCCGCGCAAUCGCACGCUGGUGCGUCUCAGACAACUUGCGAUGAAUUGAGGUAAUUUGAAUAACAAAUUAUACUAUGCUUGUUACCAGUGAUUGCAUAAAAUAAAAAGACCGUUCAAUCAAAUCAAUUUUUUUUAAAAUAGUUUAAACAUAUUUUGUCGUUCAGUUGAGAUCGAAUACUUUUUUGAGCAGCUUAAAAUUAUUUUUAGAAUUAUGCAUCCAAUACUUUUUUCUAACACUAACACGCAUGGUUCAAUGUAUUUUAUUAUAUUACUGUAUAUUCGAUGGGUCUGUUUACCUGUUGAAUUUCACCUCACGAUAUCCGCAGAUAUAGGGGUGUUAUUUUGCUGGUAUAUAUCCAUAAUAUUAUUAUAAGUAGUAGUUUUAUAUAGCGUGGUACCCAAGCCUAGGGCUGAGAUCACCACAUUGUACAAACAAUUUUUUUUUAAAAUAAUCAUGAACUUAAACAUUAACGUACAUUAAUUAAAUAGAGACAGAUCCAGUACUAAAUGUUUUCUUCCCAUUCAUCUUAAAAUUAAAUUUAUUUUUAAAAAAACAGUGGAGGAUGGGAGACAGUUGUGUAGCUAGGGUUAGUGCCGCCCCGGCGCACCCCCCCCCCCCAAUCCAAGCCCCUUACUACGCCACUGUCAGUAGUUUAAUUAUUUAAAAAUACAAGACACCAGGCGCUAAUUUAUCUUAACCUAAAAGUGCAUUAGGAGCUUGAUAUAAAUAUCGUAAUUAAUGUAUCUGCAUGUGUGUGUUAAUAAUAUAAAUGAAAUUCCUUUACUUUAAUUGUACACAAAAAAUAUCACCAGUAAGGUGUCCUCUAUAACAACGGACGGGUCAGAUACCGCUAAAUGAUGACUGGGGGGCUGACAUUUAAUGCAAGCAGUGGGGGGCGGAGAGAGUGGUCCACCCCGGGGGGGGGGGGCUUUUUUUGUUUAUAUGCUGGGGUGGCAUUUUCGACCAACUGCAAAAGGGGGGUUCUUGGAAAGAACGGGUGGCAAAAUUCUCGGCCCGCCCCGGGUGGCACUAACCCCAGCUACGCCACUUGAGAUCACAUUUCCAUCAAAUCAGGUUUAGAGGUAUUUAAUUAAUUAACUUUCAAAGUUAUGAUGCUGAAAAAACAAGUUAAACUAUGAGCUCUUGAAUGCAAGGGCUUACAACCAAUAAGUGGCAGGGGAAUUCCUAAGGUUACGUGGCGGCUACUGCUACAAGAGACGUUCUUUGUGAUCUUGUUUAGUUCGGUAGAGUACUCUGUGUGUCUCAAAAUAGAUAUGGUUUAAAUUUAAAAUAGAAAUGUUGGAAGAUGAAUUGCUGUGUGGUUCCGUGAAUGUGUUAUAACUGUGAAUUGUUGAAAGCCUAUGAAUGUGUUAUAACUGUGAAUUGUUGAAAGCCUAUGAAUGUGUUAUAACUCUGAAUUGUUGAAAACCUAUGAAUGUGUUACAACUCUGAAUUGUUGAAAGCCUAUGAAUGUGUUAUAACUCUGAAUUGUUGAAAACCUAUGAAUGUGUUAUAACUCUGAAUUGUUGAAAGCCCAUGAAUGUGUCAUAUCUGUGAACCUGUUAUAACUCUGAACCUGGUAUAUUUUCGAAUCUGUUAUCCCUUUAAAUCUGUUACACACGUGAAUCCAUUUUACCCUCUGACUGUAUUAUUAUACCUGUGAAGCAUCUCUGUCUGUACUCCCUCUCUGACAUUAAAAGUUUGUUUAGUUGUUGUUGUUUUUUUAAUUUCCUAUUGUCCCAUUUACCUGACGAUGAAAGUCUGCAUGUUAAUCCCGAGAUGAACGAACGUGUCCAUGUCUACGUCUAAGAGUUUCGCUUAAUUUGCUAUAUUUAAAACAUCUGAAGUUGGUUCAUUCGUUUCUUUAAGGAAGUUCAUUCAGCUAUGAAAGAAAUGGGGCUAAUUUUGUCUUUACAACAUUUCCUGAACACGAUCUCAGUAGCCACUCUCUCGUUAGUUUUAAGAUCUAUGCCCCCCCCCCCAAAAAAAAAACGGACAUGGUUAAAUCCAGUUUUAUCCGGUGAACGUCACGGACUGUUAAAGAAUUAUAAGAACAUUGUGAUCAGCACGACGUUAUAAAUUAUAGGAUUUUUUUUCGCCUGCAUAAUUUGAGAUAAAGUGGGUAAAUUUAAGUUUGAUAAAUCUUGGCUUGUCGUUCAUUUGGAGUAUUAAAUGUCAUUCUUCGACUUAGAUCACCUAGUCUUCAAACUGCCUGUACGCUUAGAUCACUCUAAGAAUCCUUCGUUCAACAUUUCGUAACAGUGUUCUACACCUUGGAAGUGCAUGUUUGUUGUUGGAGCUGAGUGCACCAUGGAUCACAACGGGGGAAUAGAAGCAAUGGACGGUACAUCUCAGGACGUCCAGGGAAGUAAAGGCCUGACGGGUGGGAUCAAAAUACGACAUGCCGGACACUACCCGUCUGGACACUACCCACCUUGCCUAGGGCAAGCGUGCUGAUAAGAUCUUAAGUCAUCUCGUCUAGGGCCUAAAGCCAACGACCGUUCCGUGCGAGUCAACCAUGGGGGGGAUGGCAUAUGUUCAUAUUGAUGGCAUUUGUUCAUAUUGAUGGCAAAUUUUCAUAGUGUUUACAUAUGUUUAUAGUAUAGUGUUGGCAUAUGUUCACGCUGUUGGUAUAUGUUCAUAUUUUUGGCAUAUAUUCAUAUUGUUGGUAUAUGUUCACACAAUUGGCAUAUACUUUUCCUUUUCUCAAACACCUUUGCCACGUCAGGGUAUUCAGCUUAUCUUCAUCUUCAUUGUGUCCCUUAGUCCUUGGACCGUUGGGGCACCACAGAUGACAUGGUGUUCAGCUAGUAAAAUAUAAAUAAAAGUUGAGAGAGUUACAACUUCCGGUUUUUAAUUGCCAUUUAAAAAAAUCAAACGCUAUGUUUAUGAUCAGACUACUUGAGUCCAAGUUAUGUUUAUGAUCAGACUACUUUAGUCCAAGUUAUGUUUAUGAUCAGACUACUUGAGUCCAAGUUAUGUUUAUGAUCAGACUACUUGAGUCCAAGUUAUGUUUAUGAUCAGACUACUUUAGUCCAAGUUAUGUUUAUGAUCAGACUACUUUAGUCCAAGUUAUGUUUAUGAUCAGACUACUUUAGUCCAAGUUAUGUUUAUGAUCAGACUACUUUAGUCCAAGUUAUGUUUAUGAUCAGACUACUUUAGUCCAAGUUAUGUUUAUGAUCAGACUACUUUAGUCCAAGUUAUGUUUAUGAUCAGACUACUUUAGUCCAAGUUAUGUUUAUGAUCAGACUACUUUAGUCCAAGUUAUGUUUAUGAUCAGACUACUUUAGUCCAAGUUAUGUUUAUGAUCAGACUACUUUAGUCCAAGUUAUGUUUAUGAUCAGACUACUUUAGUCCAAGUUAUGUUUAUGAUCAGACUACUUUAGUCCAAGUUAUGUUUAUGAUCAGACUACUUUAGUCCAAGUUAUGUUUAUGAUCAGACUACUUUAGUCCAAGUUAUGUUUAUGAUCAGACUACUUUAGUCCAAGUUAUGUUUAUGAUCAGACUACUUUAGUCCAAGUUAUGUUUAUGAUCAGACUACUUUAGUCCAAGUUAUGUUUAUGAUCAGACUACUUUAGUCCAAGUUAUGUUUAUGAUCAGACUACUUUAGUCCAAGUUAUGUUUAUGAUCAGACUACUUUAGUCCAAGUUAUGUUUAUGAUCAGACUACUUUAGUCCAAGUUAUGUUUAUGAUCAGACUACUUUAGUCCAAGUUAUGUUUAUGAUCAGACUACUUUAGUCCAAGUUAUGUUUAUGAUCAGACUACUUUAGUCCAAGUUAUGUUUAUGAUCAGACUAUUUGAGUCCAAGUUAUGUUUAUGAUCAGACUACUUUAGUCCAAGUUAUGUUUAUGAUCAGACUACUUUAUUCCAAGUUAUGUUUAUGAUCAGACUACUUUAGUCCAAGUUAUGUUUAUGAUCAGACUACUUGAGUCCAAGUUAUGUUUAUGAUCAGACUACUUUAGUCCAAGUGCAAGUGGCGUGAAAUUGGUUUUUAUCUUUUAAAAUAGCACUUUGCUGAAAAGUAGUAUCCGAGAGGGCAGCAAAAGAAUUCGGUCUUGUUAUCGUACCAGGUAACAUUUUUUUCUUUUUUUUAGGUACCUCAUAAAUGAGAUUAAGCCAAAUCAUAGGCAUUAAAAAUUUUAGUCCAAAAGUUCUUUAGUGAGUGUCGGUGGACAAUUCUCUUGCUGCCCUCUUGGAUAGUAAUUUUCAGCCAAGUAUUAUUUUUUAAAUUUAAUAAUUUUUUUUUACUGUUGUUUGAUCGUUGAUGAAGGCUUCCUGUCGACACGUUCGUUGUUUUGUUGAGUUCAUUUCUUAAAGGUUUUUUUCAUAAUUUGUUUCACUCAUUUCCUUUUUUCGCUAACCUGAUUGCAGCCUCUCCCCUUAUGACCAUGAAUCCAAAGGAUUCUUGAACUGCUUCUCUUGCGGCGAACAGUAGCAUGUUGAUUCCUUCACAUGUUGAUUCCUUCAUCCAAGCCUUUUUCUUGUUCUUGGCAACACGUUCUUGUCAUGUUCUUUCACGUCUGGUGGCAGCGCUCAAGUGCUCCCUGCGAUCAGGAUGAUAUGCACUCGACAAGCAGGGUUCUAUUCCUAUUUGGUUCAUCAGUUUUUUUUUAAAAAGUCCAGCCUUAAGUUCCUUGGUUAUAUUUAUACUGUACAGACUUCGAAAGACCAAACAAUGUAAAAAUUUCGUCAAGGCUUGAUUUUGCGAAGAGGAAUAGCUGCUUUGAAUCAUAUAUGUUCACCUCCCCCAGGCUACACAUAUCUCUGGAUGGCUUAUGUUUUAACUUGCUAGCAUACGCAUACUCUCUGAAUGGCUUACGUUAACUUGCUAGCAUACACAUACUCUCUGAAUGGAAUUUAGCAGUGUGCUCCGCUAAUAAAUCCAUGUCUCGCUCUGUAGUCCGCAAAUCUCGAGGUUGAGAACGGGACAUGAAUGCUGCCAGGCCAUAAGAUGUAUGUUGUGUGUAUAAUUUCGUAGUCUGUAAUAAAACGUCAUAAUUAGUGUGCCAGGUAACACAAAGUGAAAGUGGCGACACUGACAUGACAGGCAUUCUUAACAGACGAUAAAACUUACACUUAGUGUAGACGUCGGUAGGUGACAUUAAUAAUCAUCUUUCUUUUUAAAAAAGAAUGCUACCAAUAACAUUAGUUGCACGCUGGUGUGUGCAAAGUGGUGCGCAGCUGCGGCGCAUGCUUAUAGAGUUGUUGUUGCUGUUUUAAUGCACGAUUGUAGCCCUUUGCGAAUUCUUUAAGUUUUUAAAAAAAAAAAUGUUUCAACUUAAAUUUAAAUACCUAAUUAUUUUAAAACUAUUGUUUGAAAAUAUUUUGGUUUGAAAGGUAGCCUCGGUAGCACCGUUACUGAAACAUCAUAUACGUAUUCUGCAUCUGAAGUCCAAAUUUGUAAUCUUUUUCUUUUAUCUGUUUUCGUAAUCUUCAUCUGUCUCAACCUCACACGGCCUUGGCCUCAUCCUGAUUCAUCAUCGGCAACUUAAACUCCUUUUGGAAAGGUAUCAAUGUCAAGGUCAAAGCUUCGAGCUACCUACUCUUAACACACGUCUAUAUAUUGACCCAUCACAAAACGAGGACAUAUGUCAUGACUGGAUUCCUUGUUCGCCCAACGGCCAACUGACGGAGUCCUAUAAGUUGUACCGUUAACAGCUGAAAACCGUAUUAGUAUUAUCAUAAUCGGCUAAGCCCGUCCAGCACCUGAGUUACCUGCUCAACUUUGUCUCGGUACUUGGUUACCAAAAUCAGGGUUUGUUGUUUCUAAACUCGAUUCCAGUAAAAAUUUAAAAUGAAUAGGGCUAAUGAAAACAGAUUCAAUCUAUUUAUAACGUCAUGAAAAUAGAAUAUUUUUAAUAGGAAUAAUUUCGUUCCUUUCGAUUCCCUGUGACGACAUCCAAUCCAUGUUGAAAUUUUCAAACCGUGGCAGUGACCAAUGACGUCAUCAAACUAUGGCCGGCGAUCAAUGACGUCAUCAAACCGUGACAGCGACCAAUGACGUCAUCAAAUCAUGGCGGCGAUCAAUUACGUCAUCAAACCGUGGAAACGACCAAUGACACGAAAGCGGAACAUAAUUUGUACUCGAUCAUUUCUCCCCGUAAAAAACUGUGUUUUUUCCAGCCUGGUCGUACCCUAUACUUUAUAUGUUCUAUAUCUGAUGUGCAUUAUGUAGUGUUUCGUGGUUAUCGUUAUAGAGGGGCAGCAAACACAGGGAGCUCACGGUCCUCUGAAACUCUGGCUAAGCCACUGCUUAAACAUAAUGUACAUUAAUAGAUCCGUGUGAUUUAAUGGUCUUAGUUUUAUAUACCACCACAUCCUUACAUUCAGACAUCAUCAUCAGUGGCGCUACAGCCCAUGUAGGGUCCUGGCCUGCUCGACCACAUCCUUACAUUCAGACAUCAUCAUCAGUUGCGCUACAGCCCAUGUAGGGUCCUGGCCUGCUCGACCACAUCCUUACAUUCAGACAUCAUCAUCAGUGGCGCUACAGCCCAUGUAGGGUCCUGGCCUGCUCGACCACAUUCUUACAUUCAGACAUCAUCAUCAGUGGCGCUACAGCCCAUGUAGGGUCCUGGCCUGCUCGACCACAUCCUUACAUUCAGACAUCAUCAUCAGUGGCGCUACAGCCCAUGUAGGGUCCUGGCCUGCUCGACCACAUCCUUACAUUCAGACAUCAUCAUCAGUGGCGCUACACCCCAUGAAGGGCCCUGGCCUGCUCCACCCCAUCCUUACAUUCAGACAUCAUCAUCAGUGGCGCUAUAGCCCAUGUAAGGCCAUGGCCUGCUCCACCACAUCCUUACAUUCAGACAUCAUCAUCAGUGGCGCUACACCCCAUGAAGGGCCCUGGCCUGCUCCACCACAUCCUUACAUUCAGACAUCAUCAUCAGUGGCGCUAUAGCCCAUGUAAGGCCCUGGCCUGCUCCACCACAUCCUUACAUUUAGACAUCAUCAUCAGUGGCGCUACACCCCAUGAAGGGCUCUGGCCUGCUCCACAACAUCCUUACAUUCAGAUUCGGAUCAAUCCAUGGCUUUUCGACUCCAUGCGCGGACCCCCUCAACAUGGUCAAGCCAUGUCAGUCUUGGUCGAACCGUCUGCCCCUAGGUUUCUGCCUGUAACGGCAUUUCAAGUUGAGCUACUCUACAAUCCGGUAUCCUCUCAAUGUGUCAUGUCCAGUACUAAACUGACUUUUUUAAAAUUGUUACGACAAUGGGUGUGACUUGAAACGGUUGACAUAUCUCUGUGUUUGUAAGAAUUCUGCAUACAUCAAAUACAAUAUAAGACACAAAACUAACAUUAAUUUAUUUCCGCAGAAACCAGAUGACUAGGACAUUCCGACAGACUUAUGAGAAAAACGUACCUGCCAAUUAUCUGGCCGAGCUCCUCCCCUUGUGGGUGGAGUCAUCCUUGCCACGUGACUGCGUGAAGAAGGGAAUCACUUUGAACCACUUUAAUCCUUCUUCCACCAAUGACAGCGGCGGACCCUUGGGAACGCUGGGGCCUCCAGGGGUUAUUUUUACAACGAGCAUCAAAACCAAAAGAAAACGGGAGGCGGACACGAACCCGGAUGUGCACGUGGGCAUCGAACGUCAGAAGAGGUCAAGGUCGUCAUCACAAAAUAGUGAAGGGAUUGACGAUAUUCCGCGAGACAAAAGGAGCACAGAUAACAAUGACGUCGAUAAUGAAGUUGGCGCAAAAAUGUCUUUAUCGCGACAAAAAAGAUUUUAUUUAAACGGUUUCCCGCCUGUUACUGGGGGAGGACUGUUCGAUACACUCCCAGCAGACCCCACAGCCCCUCCAAGGGAAGUCACCGAAGGUGAAAUCAUGAUGAAGAACCUGCUGAUGUUCAGCCGUCUUCAAAAAGCGAGGCUUGCCAGUGAGUACGGCGGUCCGGGUCGGACCGCUGGUGGUCUAAGCGCGGACAAACCGCCCAUCGGUGGAGGGAUGUACGGGGAAAGUUAUCACGGUCGGAGAAAGCGGGCAACCGCCAGCCAGAAGCGGGUUGAUGCAGCCAACCUGUCGAGGGCAAAACGAUUUCUCUUUCCGUUCGACCCGGAAGGGCAUGCUGCCGGCCCGGAUAUGUUUAGCCUCAUGGCGGGCACGGCUACGGAUCCGAACACGGGGAAGAGGAUUGAGUUCGGCGGGGACGCCAUGCGGAACAUGAUGGUCAACAGCUACGUGUCAACCCUGCCGUUUCACGCCCAGCCUCCCCCGGGCAAGGAGCCCGCGGACUUCGUGCAAAACAUGGCGCCCCUUUGGUAUUUCUCUCGAAUGCAGAGGUUGAUGAGCCCCGUGCCGAGUCUCCACCGCUACAGGGAGAACUCCAUUCCGAGAAAACCCAGUUACGACCAGAAACGCAACGGCGACGGCUAUUAUGGCGACCAGCUUCCCGGGAAAAAACGACGAAGGCGAGCUGCUGUGCCGUACGAGGGCGAGGUGAUCACCAUCGGGGAGAUCAUCAUCCCCAUCGACCUCUUUAAAGGGCGGGAGAAGGCGCUGGCGUUGAUGAUGAAGACGUCGACGAAGCAGCCGAGCUACGGCAAAGGCUUCUACGGCGCCGCAUCGGCCUCGCCAGCCAAAGCUCCGAGUAAAGAGGUCAUGUCGCUGUUCCGUCAGCUGCUGCGCCAGAAUCAGAAUCUGCGCAACAAGCUGAAGUUAUCACCCCAGGGUUACGUUGCCCCGACAAGCAGCUGGGAUUUACCCCCGCAGUCCCAGCCCAACAACUUCGGCUUUCAGCCUAGUCAAUGGAAUACUUCCCCGAACUCACAAGUCGUGUACGCGAACGAAACGCAUUCCACAAAAACGGGUUACAUUCCCCCACAACCCAUGACGUCAUCGCUAUACGAUCCUUUUUAUCAACAGCCCCUCACACCCACACCGCCGACGUUCUACGCCAAACGGCCGGGGACGUACGCCCAGAUCCCGCCCACGGAAACGAUCAUCUACGCCCCCAUCACGCCCAGGCGACCUGUUGAUCCUUUCAUCUUGAUCCCCGCGACCAAAGACAACAUUGACCCCUUUCAGCAGAGCCUCGAUCCGUUCAUUCCCAACCCCACCACGCCACCCACGACCACAACGGUUACGCCCCUUCCCCCAACAGCGGAGCCAGGGCGAAGAAAACGGUCGACUGAUGACGCAAACACGAGUGAGGACAACACACGACCACGCUUCAAGCGGUCGGAGAAACACGAUGGAGUUAGCCCGCAUUUUUCGGACCCUUACUUCCCAGGUCAUCUCUGGAAUGACUUGACCCGAUUCUACGGGUCCAACAGAGCUCCGCUUAUUUCUUCAGCGGGCAAAUUCUCAAGGAACAUUUUGUCAACAUCAGAGAUCUCUCCAGAUUUUCCUUUUCGGGCAUCUCACUCUGGCAUUUUCGGAAUUCGCCCCCUGCACUUCAGUUCUGAAAACAAUUUUCUCUUGAAACCCAGCCACGCCUCUCCCAGGGGGCGGGUUGUGAACGGUGACAGGUUGCCUUGGUCAUCAACCGCUGAACACCCGGCCAAGAAAGCGGCGACCGGAAGUCAUUCCAGGAUCAAGAGGUCACCCCGUGAAAACGUUGACCGUUACGGGGGCGACCCCUCGUAUGCAGCACCCCUCCUCCAGUCGGCUUCUCCUCUGGUGGUUGUCCCUUACAGUGUAUUGUAUCACAGCCACGCUGCGGCGUCGAUGCCGCGGGCGUAUCGCACCCACAGAGGCGGAGUUUUACAUGGUGACAGAUUCCCCUGGUCGGCAUAGGGAAGAACCUGGUUACGGUCAUCGGGUGACGUAACGUAACAAUUACCGGAACUAAUGCAAAGAGAUGCACUUAACCCUUUAGAAACAAAACUCGUUUUCCCUUGCCUCAAGUCCCCAUGCUCGCAUGUUAGCCCUCUACCGUGUUCUGAUUGGUUGAGCUUGAGGAGGCGUGGCAUCGUACUUAAGACAUUCACCCGCCCCGUCGUGACAACAGUGUGCAAGAAAUACUUAAUUGUUGUGUGUGUCAAUAUAUAAUGUCAAUCAUCUGAGGAGAAACUUCCAAUACCGUUAAAGAAAUAAUAAAUAGAUUCAUUUUUGGUGUGUUAAAGACAUACAUGUCAUUUGAGAAACUAUAAAUAGAUUCAACUUUGGUCGAGUGAGUUCAUUCUGAUACCCCUGGCUUGCUGGCGAGCUGAGUUAGUACAAGACGAUCACAGAGAAAGAUGCAGUGCCUUUAUGCAGCCAGCAUCUGUGUCGGACAGGCAUUGCACCACCAAAUCUGUAGAACCCUUUCACCGGACUAGUAUGGCAAGCCAUUCCCCCCAACCCAUGUACCGGUAGUUUGAGGAAACUUAUUGUGUUCAUACAAGUAUAAGUAAUAAA